AUGACGGGGGCCUUUGAAGUCUACGCGUACAUUGUCAGCGCCGGUGUCUUUGGCAUCUUGUUCGCCGCGUAUCUGUUCUGGGAAGUGUCGAAGAUCAAAGUCACGCGGCGUGGCGAUGGCUACGCGCUCUUGUCGUCGGACACGCGCCACCAAACCGCCGACCGCUUGUUUGAGAUCUACUGCGCCAUCCAGGAAGGCGCCCGCGCCUUUCUCCUCGCAGAGUACACGCUGUGCAUCGCGUUCCUCGUGGUCUUUGGCGCUGUCGUGCUCGUGCUCACGUCGUUCACGAACAAGGAUGGCAAGCAGUUUGACUGGCUCUUUGGCAUGCUCAACGCCACGGCGUUUGCUGUCGGAGGCCUCACGUCCAUGGCUGCAGGGUACAUGGGCAUGAUGGUGGCUGUCUAUUCGAACGCGCGGACGACGGUCUCGGCCAUGAAAGAAGGAGCUCGGGGAUGGCGCGAGUCGUUCAACACGGCGUUCCGAGCGGGUGCCGUCAUGGGCUUUGGCCUGAGCUCGAUCGCUCUGCUCGUGCUGUUUGUCCUGAUCAAGGUCUUUGAGACGCAGUACCCCUUGUCCACGGACUACAAGAAGCUGUUUGAAGCCAUUUCUGGCUAUGGUCUCGGCGGGUCGUCGAUUGCCAUGUUUGGACGUGUGGGAGGAGGCAUUUACACGAAAGCAGCUGAUGUGGGUGCGGACUUGGCGGGUAAAGUCGUUGAGAACAUCCCGGAAGAUGACCCACGGAAUCCUGCCACCAUUGCGGAUAACGUCGGGGAUAAUGUCGGUGAUGUCGCGGGUAUGGGCUCGGAUCUCUUUGGGUCGCUGGCUGAAGCUACGUGUGCGUGUCUGGUGAUUUCAACGCAAAGUCCGGAGAUUAUUGCAGCGGGAUGGCCUGCUGUGCUGUUUCCACUGGUGAUUACGGCUACGGGCAUCUUUGUGUCGGCGAUAGUGAGCUUCCUUGCGACGAACGUGUGGCCAGUGAAGAAGGAGAAGGACGUGGAGACAGUCUUGAAGGUGCAACUGUUUGCGUCGACGCUGCUUAUGACUGUGCUAGUGAUUCCGGUAGCAAUGUGGCUGCUGCCGUCGUCGUUCUCGAUUGGCGGGUCGUACUCGGUGACCCCAAUUCGUGCCUUUUACUGCGUUGCGGUCGGGCUGUGGGGUGGCUGCAUUGUCGGCUUUGUGACUGAGUACUUUACGUCACACAGCUACCAGCCUGUCCGCGAGGUGGCCCAGGCGUGUGAGACAGGUGCUGCGACGAACAUUAUUUACGGCCUUGCUCUUGGCUACAAGUCGGCGAUCAUUCCGAUUACGAUCAUCUCACUCGCUGUGUACGUUGGCUUUUCGACCGCUGGUAUGUAUGGCGUUGCGCUUGCUGCUCUUGGCUUUCUGGGUACGCUUGCCACGUGUCUGGCUAUUGACGUGUACGGUCCAAUUUGUGACAAUGCUGGUGGGAUUGCCGAGAUGGCUGAACUACCUGCUGAGGUGCGCGACAAGACGGAUGCCCUUGACGCUGCCGGUAACACGACGGCGGCUAUUGGCAAAGGGUUCGCCAUUGGGUCCGCUGCUUUGGUUUCGUUGGCUUUGUUUGGUGGCUUUGUGACCCGUAUUGAGGAGACGUCCAUCAACAUCCUGUCGCCUAUCACGUUCGCAGGACUGUUCAUGGGUGCGAUGCUGCCGUACUGGUUCACGGCCAUGACGAUGAAGUCGGUUGGCGUUGCUGCUAUGGAAAUGGUGAAGGAGGUCAAACACCAGUUUGCUACGAUCCCUGGUCUGCUCGAGGGUCUACCCGGCCACGGUCCUCCGGACCACGCUCGCUGCAUCAAGAUCUCUACCGACGCUUCGUUGCGUGAGAUGAUCCCGCCUGGACUUCUCGUCAUGCUGUCGCCCAUCAUUGCCGGCACGUUUUUUGGUGUACACGCUGUUUCAGGUCUGCUUGUUGGUAGCUUGACUUCGGGUGUGCAGCUUGCGAUUUCGCAGUCGAACACGGGUGGCGCCUGGGAUAACGCGAAGAAGUUUGUGGAGAAGGGCUGUGUGUCGAUUGAGGACAAGGAGGGGAAGCUCAUUGUGCAAGGUAAAGGCAGUGCUAUUCACAAGGCUGCGGUCAUCGGCGACACUGUGGGUGACCCGCUGAAGGAUACUUCCGGUCCGGCCCUCAACAUCUUGAUGAAGCUCAUGGCCAUCAUCUCGCUGGUGUUCGGCGACUUUUUCAAGAGCAUCAACGAUGGUCGUGGUCUGCUGAACGUGCCUACUGGGGCUGUUGCGGAGGUUGUUGCCGCCGUUCCCGUUGCGGUGGUUGCCGCCGGUCCCCCGAUGUAA